GGGCCGCCGGGGCUGCAGUUCGCCUCUCCGCGCCCGCCCCGCCGGUUCGCCUUCGCCAUGGCAAGCCCCGGCUCCGGCUUCUGGCCCUUCGGGGCCGAGGAGGGCUCCGCCGCCUCAGAGAGCCCCGGCACAGCCAGAGCCUGGUGCCAGGUCGCCCAGAAGUUCACGGGAGGGAUCGGAAACAAACUCUGCGCCCUGCUCUACGGAGAUGCCGAGAAGCCUGUGGAAACCGGAGCCAGGGCAGCCCCGGGGGCAGCGGAGAUGCGGCCGGCCUGUACCUGCGACAAAAAGCCCUGCGGCUGCCAGAAAGCGGCGGUGAAUUACGCCUUUCUGCACUCAACAGAUCUUUUGCCAGCAUGUGAUGGAGAAAUAACAACUAUGUCUUUCCUACAAGACGUUGUGGACAUUUUACUUCAGUAUGUGGUGAAAAGUUUUGAUAGAUCAACAAAAGUUAUUGAUUUCCAUUACCCAAAUGAGCUGCUCCAGGAGUAUAACUGGGAACUGGCAGACCAGCCACAAACCUUGGAAGAGAUUUUAUUGAACUGCAGAACAACUCUGAAGUAUGCAAUUAAAACAGGGCACCCUAGAUAUUUUAAUCAACUUUCAACUGGAUUGGACAUGGUUGGAUUGGCAGCAGACUGGCUGACAUCAACAGCAAAUACUAAUAUGUUCACCUAUGAAAUUGCUCCAGUGUUUGUACUUUUGGAAUAUGUCACACUAAGGAAAAUGAGAGAGAUGGUUGGCUGGCCAGGGGGCUGUGGCGAUGGGAUAUUUUCACCUGGUGGUGCCAUAUCUAACAUGUAUGCUAUGUUGAUUGCACGUUUCAAGAUGUUCCCAGAAGUUAAAGAAAAAGGAAUGGCAGCUAUUCCCAGACUGGUUGCCUUCACAUCAGAACAUAGUCACUUUUCUGUGAAGAAAGGAGCUGCAGCCUUGGGUAUUGGUACAGAUAGUGUGAUUUUGAUUAGAUGUGAUGAAAGAGGGAAAAUGAUCCCAUCAGACCUUGAAAGAAGAAUUCUUGAAGCCAAACAGAAGGGAUUUGUGCCUUUUCUGGUGAGUGCCACAGCUGGGACAACAGUGUAUGGGGCAUUUGAUCCUCUCAUAGCUAUUGCAGACAUCUGCAAGAAGUACAAAAUCUGGAUGCAUGUGGAUGGAGCAUGGGGAGGCGGCCUCCUGAUGUCAAGAAAACACAAAUGGAAGUUAAAUGGUGUUGAAAGGGCCAAUUCAGUGACCUGGAACCCUCACAAGAUGAUGGGCGUCCCACUGCAGUGUUCAGCCCUGCUAGUAAGAGAGGAGGGAUUGAUGCAGAGUUGCAAUCAAAUGCAUGCCUCCUACCUCUUUCAACAAGACAAGCACUAUGACCUGUCUUAUGACACUGGAGACAAGGCUUUGCAGUGUGGGCGGCAUGUUGACGUCUUCAAGCUAUGGUUGAUGUGGAGGGCAAAGGGAACCACAGGAUUUGAAGCACAAAUUGAUAAGUGCUUGGAACUUGCUGAAUACCUAUACAAUAAAAUAAAGAACAGAGAAGGGUAUGAAAUGGUGUUUGACGGAAAGCCUCAGCACACAAACGUCUGCUUCUGGUACAUACCUCCCAGCUUGCGCGGUAUGGAAGACAAUGAAGAAAGAAUGAGCCGCCUUAUGAAGGUGGCACCGGUGAUAAAAGCCAGGAUGAUGGAGUAUGGCACAACCAUGGUGAGCUAUCAGCCCCUGGGAGACAAAGUGAAUUUCUUCCGUAUGGUCAUCUCAAACCCUGCAGCAACUCACCAAGACAUUGAUUUCCUGAUUGAUGAAAUAGAACGCCUGGGACAAGAUUUGUAAUAAUUGGGUGUGAAAGUCUGUUCCUGGACUUCCAAGUAGACAAUUAAGUUGUCACAAACUGUGCGAAUGUAUUUGUAGUUUGUUCCAAAGUAAAUCUAUUUCUAUAUUGUGG